AAAACAGCAGCGUCGAUGUUGGCUCCUCCCGCCUCCAUCCGUGCCCUCGCCUUCCACCGCCGCCUCCCCUUCCACCGCCGCCACCCUCUCGCCGUCCUUCCCCACUCGUCGACCCCGCGCCCCUGCCCCACCCCCGCGCGCUCCAUCAUGGUCUCCCCCGCCGAGACAGCGAGCGAGGAGGAGGAAGCCCUCCCCGGUGCCGCCAGCGCCGGCGCUGGGGACGGCGGCGAGGUGAGCACGGAGGAGUGGCAGCGAUGGGGCACCUCCGCGCCUCUCCCGGCCGUGGUGUCCGACGUCGUCCGCCAGCUGCUCGACAUGGAGUUCGUGGCCGGCGAGAAGAUGCGCUUCGGCGGCCCCGGCUCCAAGAUAAAGGGCGAUUUCAAGGACGUGGAGGACAGGAAGCACAGGGCUGUCUACGAGACGCUCGCCGACUCCGACCAGAAGCUGCAGUACUACUCCGCCCGGCAGAUUGGUUGCCGUCUGCUCGGGAGCAGGGGCUAUCUGUGCCAGAAGUGCUGGCUACCGAUGGAAGACUGCAUGUGCUCGAAACUUGCCCCUCGCAGUUUGUGGAGGGGAAUAAGAUUCUGGCUAUACAUGCAUCCGAAGGACUUCUUGCGGCAAAACAACACUGGAAAGUUACUCUGGCAAGUAUUUGGCAUUGAAGCUGCGUCCCUGUGUCUCUUCGGCAUCCAAGAGCAUGAAGAUAUCAUGUGGGAUGCAUUCCAACGUUCAGGAAAGGAGAAGGUCUCAUUUCUGUACCCAAAUAAGAGCGUGACCCCCAAGUCUGUCAAGGAUCUUAAAUUUGACGAUUUGACCUUGAAUGCUGACCUUCAGGAGGGAGUGCAACGUGAACCUCUUAACUUGGUAUUGCUUGAUGGUACCUGGAGUAAUUCUGCCGCAUUAUACAGAAGGCUGAAGGAGAGGUGGACUGCAAUAUGGGGGGAGGAAGACAUACCUUGUAUCUCACUGUCUAUGCUGACUGCCUCGGUGAUGCAUAAACUGCGACCUCAACCAGCGUGGGAUCGUACCUGCACUGCGGCAGCCGCAGCUGGUCUUCUCUCUGAAUUGCACAUGCGGCCUGAGCUGAGUGAAUUUGAUCUGGAAGGGCAAGCUGAGGCAGUGGAGUGCUCGCUGGAUAUCUUGCUAGAUGCUCUCACAGUUCGACGGGUUCGCCUGGGUCGGUCUAUUACCCGAAGAGAGAGACAUAGAAGGGACUGCAUAUAGUGGAAGGUGCUCGCUACAUCGGCUUAUAGAUUAUGAUAUGCCUGGGAGGUUUAUUUAGUCCUUUUUGCAGAAUUGGAGAGUUGAUUAGAGUCUUUUAAUUGACUAAUUCAUCAUUGCGGUGGUGUUCAUUUUGUUAA